AUGGGUCCUGCUCCAAUGCUUGGUUAUGAUGCUGAGCGGAAGUUGGUGCAACACAUUAAUGCGUUACAAACCCGUGGAUUUGCACCUACAAGAAGAGCUGUAAGAAAAAUCGCAUUUAACCUUGCUGAGGCAAUGGGUGUAAAACACAACUUUAAUAAAGCAAAAGGAAUUGCUGGUGCGGAUUGGUUGAAAUCUUUUAUGAGAAGGAAUAACAGCCUUUCGAUACGCAAAGCUCAAGGAUUAUCCAAUGCUCGAGCUGAAGGCAUGAACAAGAAGGAAUGCAAUGAAUACUUCGAGCUCUUGCUUAAAACGUUAACUGAACACGAUCUCAUCAACAAACCUGGUAGCAUCUGGAACGUAGACGAAUCGGGCUUGCAACUAAAUAAUGAACCCGGCAUUGUUGUGGCUAAAAAAGGCACCGAUGUGCACGUCAGGCAAUCAACGGAAAGGGGAGAGACGGUGACAGUGGUCGCCUGCGCGAAUGCCGAGGGUACCUUCCUGCCUCCUUUCUGUAUUUUUAAAGGAGUAAAAAAGCAACAAGUUUGGCAAGAAUCAAUGCCUUCCGGAGCGGCUAUCGAAAUGAGAAAAGAAUCAGCCUACAUUGACGAAAACAUCUUCAUGAAGUGGUUUCGAGAUCACUUCUUACCACGAAAACCAGCGGGAAAGUGUUUAUUACUUCUAGAUGGUCAUGGCUCGCACACGAACUCGCCCGAUAUUUUGGAAUGUGCUUCCAGUAAUGAUGUUGUACUAUUAUGCCUACCAAGCCACACCACGCAAUAUUUACAACCACUUGACCGAUCAUUUUUUAAGCCUUUAAAGGCCCACUACAGGCACGCAGCAGGCGAGUGGGGAAACGCUAAUCCUGGAAAGAAACUGGAGAGGCGUCAUUUCGGGGAACUGCUUGGACAAGCUUGGUCUAAAUCUGCAACUGUGCGUCUAGGUGUUUCCGGAUUCAGGGCGUGUGGAGUCUACCCUUUUAAACCUACCGCUAUUGCCGACGACGCAUUUCUUGCAACGACAGACUAUGAUUCCCCACCAUCUGACCAGGAAUCAAAUUAUGAUGAUGAAGGUCCACUCCCGUCAACCAGUUCUGACCCUUCGACUGCACCAUCGACCUCUAAAGAAGUCACUACAAUCAUCGUGACACCUAUAAAAGAUAGCCCCAUAGAAGAUAGGUUGCCGUGUCGGGGGAAGCCAACUCCAACAAAACUCCUUCUCGAGGUUUCCCCAAUUCCCACGCCCGUUUCAAAAAAACCAUCUUCAAGAAAGCAGUCAGCUCAGGUGUUAACCUCGCCAGAAGUAAUGGCUGACAAAACUAAGAAACGACUGGCUCUUGUUGAGAGAAAGAAAAAAACUGAAGAAAAGAAACUCACUAAAGGGGAAACAGCUGAAGAGAAUAAAUGA